AUGGGAAAUUAAAUAUAAGAAACUGGUGAUAUCAAGGGUGUUACAGACAUAUAAAAAUUUCCAAAAAACACAGAAAGUACAAUAGAUGAUAUCAAAGAUGUAGAUAUUCCUUAUCCUACAUUAGCUAUUUAUUAAGCAGCCUAAACUUAAGAUUAAAACAAAUACACAUAGGGAAUAAGAUCUUAUGAAUGUGUAACAACAGAAAUAGAAUUUUAAUAUCUAAAACUUUUGUCAUGGUAUAUUGAUCCUAAGUAAAACCAGAAAUAGAAAUACUGA